AUGCAAGGCAAGGUGUUCCUCGAUCCGCCGGGUGUCUCCGGCUUCCUGAAACCGCUCCAGGUCGAGGUGUCUCUCGACUCCCGCCGAGUAACUCCGGCUCCUGUCCCAGUCCCGGUCGAGGUGUUCCUCGAUCCGCCGGGUGUCUCCGGCUUCCUGAAACCGCUCCAGGUCGAGGUGUCUCUCGACUCCCGCCGAGUAACUCCGGCUCCUGUACCAGUCCCGGUCGAGGUGUUCCUCGAUCCGCCGGGUGUCUCCGGCUUCCUGAAACCGCUCCAGGUCGAGGUGUCUCUCGACUCCCGCCGAGUAACUCCGGCUCCUGUACCAGUCCCGGUCGAGGUGUUCCUCGAUCUACCGGGUGUCUCCGGUUUUUCCGGCUCUAAUCCGAGACGACUUGUCGUCCGAUCCACCGGGUAA